ACGUCAAACAAUCGUAAAAUGUCAAAAAAGUGAGGUUAUUUUGUUGUGGAAAAAUAAAAAUCAAUAAAAUAGAAGUACAAAGUAGAAAUUAUUUGCAAAUUAGUAAAAAACUUCGAUUUUAACAAUGGCUCUAAUGCCUCUACGUAUGCAAGUGAUGCGGGUGAUAGCGCAGUGUGGUAGCUACUCCACACUGCUGCAACGAUCCAUGGCAUACAAAAGUGCUAUUUCCUUGGAUACUCUGUAUCCAAACAGUUCCUUGAAACUCUCUACACCUUCCUUUACACCAAAUCCUAAUGAAAAGUUUUCAGGCUACAUACCUAUGGAGAAACUUGAAAUUAAAUACAGCGCAAGCUCAGGUCCUGGUGGACAAAAUGUCAAUAAGGUGCAUACGAAAGUUGACUUAAGAUUCAAACUUAGUGAAGCGGACUGGAUUCCAGCUGAAAUUAGAGACAAAAUGAUUCAACUUCACAGUAACAAACUAACCAAGGAAGGCUAUCUGAUCUUUCGCUCCGACGUGACCAGAACACAGCAGCUCAACUUAGCAGAUUGUCUGCAGAAGUUGAGGAACAUGAUCCGAGAUGCUGCAGCCACUAACAGGGAACCCUCCCCGGAGACUGAAGAGAGAAUCCGGCAAAGGCAUUUGAAGGCGUCCCGCCUGCGCGUGGCGGUCAAACGGGAAGAUGCAUUGAAGCGCGCUCAGAGGCAAGCACCCACUGUGGUGGACUUAUGAUUUUUCCCUUAAAUUGAGCACUUCCAAUCAACUGGGGGACUUUAACGACCAAAAUAAUAUUUUCUCCCACUCCGCUCUUUUCUGUACAGAUGCCAGCAAUUUCCAAAAGAACGGUUAUAGAAAUUGCUGGACAGUUUCAUACUGGUAACGAGGUUUUUUAGGUAUACGUGAUUGUUGCAAGGAGAUUAUAAAGGCUGAAUUCGCAUAUUUUUUUCUAAAGUUUCAAAAUACAAUAAGACUGCUCACAGUCGAAUUGUGCGAAUUAAAAUUAAUAUGGAUUUUUCCUAUUAGUUUAUUACAAUCUUUAAGUUGUUUAGUUAAAAAGAAGAAUUAUUAUUACAUUUUUACUUGGCAACUGCAAUGUAAGUGUUUUUUGAAUUCAUUUGUUUAUUGUUUCCUCACAAAAGGGAGAAAAGUACUGUAGGUGUAGCCUUAAAUAGCAAUCACCAGCCUCGUCGUCUUUAAAGUUCUAUGCCCAGUGCACCAUUUUGGAUACAAAAUGGUGAAUUCUUUAACAGCUGUUGUUGUUUGAUUUUUGCACUGACUACAUAUUAAUGAUUGUGAUCUCAAUAAUUACAACAACAGCUGUUAAUGUGUGCUCAAUUCCAAAUUAAAUAAGGAAAACUCCUCGUUGAUUGAAACUAAGGAGUAAACUUCAUAUAACUAAUUUAUCUUCAUGUCAUGAUUAAAGAGUAUCAACUAAAGUGAAAUAUGAAGGUCUGUGUAUAGUUAACAUAGCAUUAAAUUAGCUGUAGUAGUUUAAUAUUCUUACUUAAAUUAUGUACCCAAUAAAACUUAAAUUAGAAAGA